CCAGAUUACGGCUCAUGUUGUUGCUGUUGUCGAGUUACUCUUGAAGAACUACAAUGAUGGUAGAGCCGUCUUGGCUGGUAUUUAUAUGACGUUUCAUACCGGAAAGAAGAUGCAAUGAUUCGCGGUGAGUAAUUAAGGUCAGCACGAACCAACCUUCAUUUUUAGAGGCCGUUUUUAUUCCCAUAUUGUAGCAAUAAUGAUAUAUUUAUCCUUGCGUUUCUCCGCUAUUUUCUAACCUUGGGUCGGAAUCCAGAAAUCAUACAUUAUUCAGAAUUGUACCGAACAUGCAGCGUAAUUUUAGUUAAUUUUUUUUGCGCUAGCCUGUCAUUGCGUGAUUGAGAAGUGAUAACCAGAGCAAGGGUGCUUGACAUGACGUUGUUUUUUCACUGUAUUUACAUUUAUUUUUUGUAAACACAAUUUCUCCAACAGGUCUAUAGAUCCUACGAGAAAAUCAUUUCUAUUUAUGUUGUUGCUCGGUCAACCGGUUUGUUGAUCCUUUGUACUAUAGCUUUACUUAUAUGAUUAUUUCAAGUGAUUAGUCGCCAGCCGUUGUCAUAGAGAUCAUGAUAAGCGCUGAUAAUGCAACAGGAACCUUUCCUCACGUGUCGGAGUUAUUCCCUUCGACGUCAACACAUGUGGCAAUAAGAACCUACGAGAAAUUAAAAUUAAAAGUAUUGUAUUACAGUUUGGUAUUUACCAGGUUCAACCAACUUCAUUUCGUCGGAUAUCAAAUGUCUGUCAAACAGCGUUACCAACAUCAGCGGUUCGAUUACCUCGUCGCCAUCGAUUUGAAAACUUCCGUUGUUGGUCUCCCGGGAAAAUCUCAUCAAACGGAAAUAGUCGAAGUCAACGCAGUGGCCGUCAAUACGCUCAACUUGGAUCGCCAAAAAGCUUUUGCCGGAUGUUGCCAUCCAGAUCUUGCAGAUUUCUCGUUUGUCGAGACGAUUCGCAAAUUCUCCCAGUGGCUCUUCCAGCUGAACGGACCGUUCAUUUUGGUGACGGACAAUUAUAACACAUUGGGCUCGGAUUUCCCUAAUCAGUGCCUGAUAUCAGGAUUGAAUGUCCCAACAUUUGCGGCCGAGUGGUUGAAUAUUUGUGAAUUCUGGAGGCAAAGAUAUGGCAAUCAAAAUGAAGUGACAUCUGAUUCACUACUGGAGCACUUUGGAAGGAAUCGCAAAUUGAACAACCAAGCAAAACGUUCUUCCCAUUGCGACGCCCAGAGUUUAGCAAUUAUCGUAGCCGAUGUGCUUGAAAUUCAUCAGUACUUUCAGUUUACAACCAAUGAGAGUUUUCGAAAAUGUUGAGUAUUAUUAUUAAAAUUUUAUUAAGCCAUUUAGCAUACGUAUUAUUUUGAUAUAAUCAUUUGCAGUAGUUUACCCUUUUCUGUAGUCAUUAAUUACUUACUUCUACGCAAUUAAAUUGCUUAGUUACAAGAGGAAAUCGUAGCAGAAAAACCCACUUCUAAAUUGUUGUUUAUAAACUUUGAUCUGACGUCAUUAUGCAAGAUUACUCCGCGAUGAAGCAAAUCCCUAAAAAGCUUAUAAGAGAUAUUGACCUUUACGACCGUCGUUAUCAUCAGUAAUAAUGUCGAUUCGACAGGGUUAGGUUAGACUGCACGCGAUGAAGAAAGUUAUUACACAUAUCACGCUCGAGCUGCUGAGUACAUUGUCCCGAUCAUUGAUUGCCUUUUUAAGCCUCUUUAAAAAUGUCAUUUCAAAGUUUACUCUUAACAACAUUUGGGUUGAUUUUUGCUUGCGUAGUUUUUGCUCUGCUUUUCAAGUAUCUCUAUAGCAAACUAUACACUUUAACAUGCUGUUUCGGCAAAUCAUCAUCGAUGGCGAACACCGUCUUGUCCAGUAAUGGCAAUCUCGGAUCCCAACAUCCCAACGCAGAUCUAUCGCCACCACCGUCUUAUGAUGAAGUUGUCGUAUGUGGCGACAUAUUUGUCAUAAAUAUUGAAGGUGAUUGGCAGUAUGAUGCUUCAAGUAGUUGGCACGAUGAACAACUUCCAACUUAUGACGAUGCCACCAUGGGAAGCUAUAUCCCAUUUGAAG